AUGAUGCCUUUCAGUCCUUGGGUCAACGAUACCGAAAGCAUGGUCAGAGAUUAUGUGGAGAAAGAGACCAAUGGGAACAGACAGACCGGACCCGGGGACAAUGAGCUGGCUCAUUUUGAGAGGUGGGCUAAGAACGACGACUUUAAGAAGGUGAUAAUGGAUGUGCUUAAGGCUAGAUUGGAGUUAGAUUGGCCUCACAACUAUAAAGCAUUAACGAUAUUAGGUAAAAUGCCUGAAGGAGAACUGGAGGGAUUAGUAGAGAAGUUGGGGAAAUUAGCGGAUUCAGCCCAAACGGUUGAAGGAUUCAGAUUCAUAAAAGAGUUAGCAAAGCCUCUGCAUGAGAAAGCGAAAGCAGCUCUUGCUAAAAAGGAAGAAGAAGAAAUGAAGAAGAAGCAAGCUGGUAUUCAAGCGAUGUGGGGAGGAUUAUGGGCGAAUGACGGAUACAUCGCUCCCACAUUACAAUACGGUGGAUAUAUGGGUUGGCCUUACCCAUACAAGGCCCCUCCUGGAAUAGCAAGAGCUGCUAUGGCAGAAUGGCCCGGUAAGCCUCCUGACGGAUGGUCCCCGACGAAGAUAACAGCCUUGCCGCAGAUCUACCCCAUGUCGAGAACCGGUUAUUACGCUACCCAGCCUGAGCAGAAAGAUAUCCCUAAACCUCCAUCAAAUUGGACGGUGUAUGUGGGCAUAGGUCCUAAUCCGUGA